AUGAACAGACUUGAAUACGAAACGAAUGGGGGGUAUGAUGAAAAAACAAAUAAAUCGUUGCAAUUUGAAAACUUUUCUUUGGAAUCUCAAAGUUUAUUUCAGAGAGAAAGUUUUGAUGGUUUUAGAGCUGAAUUUUCCAAGCCUAUCACCUCAAGUUUGCAAACCUCAUAUUCAUUGCUUUUAGGGACUUCAAAUAUCAAGGGUUAUUCUUAUCAACUUGGACCUUCAUAUCAAAGCCCAUCGAAAAAUACACUUAUUUUAGCUAGAGUUAAUGAUGAAGGAACUGUUAGUGGUCGUUUUUCUCGCUGUUUUGGAAAUAAUAUAGAGGGGAGAAUUUCGGUCAAUUCAAGCUUAUCAGACGAAAAUAAAAAUAUGAGUGAAGCUUCCAUUGAUUAUAAUGGCAAAGAAAGCAGUUAUUCGCUAAAAGUUGCAUAUCAAGGCAUUUUUUUGUUAAAUGGACUUUUUUCCCAAUUGAUUACAAAUAAACUACAAUUAGGUGGUGAGCUAACUUGGAUUACAGCUAACAACUCCUCAAUAAUGUCUGUGGGGUCAAGAUAUUGCCAUGGGAAAAAUAUUUUCUUUAAUCAAAUUAUAAGACAACCAGAUUUCAGUAGUCCAGGAAAAAUUUUGUCAAAUAUUCACUCGCUCAGGUCCUCUUUCUAUAGAAAAGUAAGUGAUCGAUUGUCCUUAGCAAGCGAAGUAGAAGUAUCAAUACCAAAUUAUGAGUCUAAAUUGCGCUUUGGGUAUGAAUACUUGUUCAAAACAGCAAGAAUCCAAGGGAUGAUAGAUACAUGUGGGAAAAUAUCACUACAGUGUUUAGAUAACAAAGGAUUUGGUAUUUCUGGCGAAAUAGACUACAUAAGAAAUGAUUACAAGUUUGGAUUCAUGAUGCACUUUUUUCCAAAUGAAAAAGACGAUAAAAUAGAUUAA